GGAGAGGGAGAGGGAGAGGGAGAGGGAGGGAGCGAACUAACAUCGGCGGCAGCAAGCCAUCAGCCCCGUAAUCGAGAAAGAAAAGAAAAGAGAAGUUACGCAAGAAAAAAUUGCUGUAAUGUUCUCACCUGCUGGGCUACAUUUGGUAAAUUAAGUCCACCAGAGGCUCAGGUGACAGAGGAGACCGUUUGGGAACUCCGUAGGAACAAAACAACAAAAGCAAAAAUACGGGAUUUAACACAGGCAGUGACAAUAAAACAACACUCCCUGACAAGUGGUCUGUUAGCUGCCGAAAGAGCAGGCAGGACAAGGAAAAGGGAAAUAAAUACGUCAUCUGCUUCUCCCUUAAGGUAUUUAAACGUUAUUUUCAAAACAUCAAUUCUCACUGAACUUUAAAUUCAUGAAACAAUGAAGACUUAGCCAGAACUCAUCAAGUGUCUCUGUAGUAGCUAAUGUUAGUUAGCUAGUGAGUGGUGUUCGCUAGCUACAGUAGCGUUUUGCUAGCGACUAACGUUAGCUAAGCUAGCUAGCUAAUUUACGCUAGCUGACUAAACGUGUUGUUUUCCAAUAAACUUUUGGUGGUGUUUUUAAUAACCCGAACAGUGAGGGAGUGCUUCAAGACUAGAGGGGGAGGGCAGGUUCCCUUCUUGACAUAUUCCCCUCUACACAUUUCCUUAAAAUGAUAGCUGCGGAGGUCAGUGUUGAGGACACGGGCUCUGUCUCGGCAGGGGUGGCAGGCGGCGGAGGCCUUGAGACGGCCCAUUUUCCGUUUUAUCCCAACCAGACCAGAGUGCGGGUCACUGAUUUUGGCCAGCGAUCAGCACCAAACUCCCGCUACCAGUCGAAAACCUCACCGGACGCCCUCCCUGAUAUGAGUAUGAUUUACCCCGUAUCUGGAGGAGAUAUUACCGGACCAGUCCUGUCCGCUACAGGGAGUGGUGGUGGUGGACACGCAAUUUGUCAAGGAACAAGCUCAGGGACCAUUGGCGGUGUGUGCUACUCCCCCACCUCAGAGGGGCCCGGCAGCCGGAUAUCACCCACCUCGGCGUGUCCAGACGGGCCCAGUGUCUUCCCCCCACUACCACCACCACCUCUGCUGCCCGCAGGCUACGGGGGACUCGGCACUGUGGAUGAAAGCGACAUGCAGGAUGGACCAGAAUACGAGGAAGAGGAGGUGGUCUUCCCGCUCUCAGCGCCGCCCACUAACCAGUGGUACCAUGGGAAGCUGGACCGGACCAUUGCUGAGGAGCGGUUGCGGCAGGCCAAGACCCCUGGCAGCUACCUCAUCAGGGAGAGUGACCGCCGGCCCGGCUCCUUUGUCCUGUCCUUCCUCAGCUUGACCAGCGUGGUCAACCACUUCAGGAUAAUCGCCAUGUGUGGAGACUAUUACAUUGGCGGGCGCCGGUUCUCGUCCCUGUCGGACCUGAUUGGUUAUUACAGCUAUGUGUCUUGCCUGCUGAAAGGUGAAAAGCUGCUAUCACCUGUGGCUCCCCCAGAGCCUGUAGAGGACAGGAGGAGAGUGAGAGCCAUUCUUCCAUACACCAAAGUGCCAGAGACCGAUGAGAUCAGCUUCCUGAAAGGGGACAUGUUUAUCGUUCACAAUGAACUGGAUGACGGCUGGAUGUGGGUGACCAACGUGAGGACGAAGGAGCAGGGCCUCAUCGUAGAGGAUCUAGUGGAGGAGGUGGGACGGGAGGAGGACCCACAUGAGGGCAAAGUCUGGUAUCACGGCAAGAUCAGCAAACAGGAGGCCUAUAACCUUCUGAUGACAGUUGGUCAAGUGUGCAGCUUCCUGGUCCGGCCGUCAGACAACACACCCGGGGAUUACUCACUGUUUUUUCGCACUAAUGAGAACAUCCAAAGGUUUAAGAUAUGCCCCACCCCAAACAAUCAGUACAUGAUGGGGGGGAGGUACUACAACAGUGUUGAUGACAUUAUGGACCAUUAUAAGAAGGAGCAGAUCGUGGAGGGCUACAACCUGAAAGAUGCUGUUUCGGUGCAGCACCAGGAACAAGUGCUCUCAGACUUGGUGGACGGCAAGGAGAUCUAUAACACUAUCAGACGGAAAACGAAAGAUGCAUUCUACAAAAACAUUGUCAAGAAAGGCUACCUCCUAUUCAACAAAGGCAAAGGUAAGCGGUGGAAGAACCUCUACUUCAUCCUGGAGGGGAACGACGCCCAGCUCAUCUACUUUGAGAGUGAGAAGAGAGCCACCAAACCCAAAGGUCUGAUUGACCUGAGUGUGUGCUCCGUGUACGGUGUGCACGACAGUCUGUUUGGCAGACCAAACUGUUUCCAAGUUGUGGUCCAGCACUUUAGCGAGGAACAGUACAUAUUCUACUUUGCUGGCGAGACUCCUGAACAGGCACAGGACUGGAUGAAAUGUCUGCACACGUUCUGCAGUAACCUUAGGAAACCCACCCAGCCCACUCCCAACAAGAGGCUCCGACAGGUGAGCAGCCUAGUCCUGUAUGUGGAGGAGGCCCACAAGCUGCCUGUGAAGCACUUCACCAACCCCUACUGCAACAUCUACCUGAACAAUGUGCAGGUGGCCAAGACCCACCCCCGAGAGGGCCAGAACCCCGUCUUCACAGAGGAGUUCAUCUUUGAUGACUUGUCGAGUGAAAUCAACAGGUUUGAAAUCAGCCUGAGCAACAAGACAAAGAAGAGCAAAGAAAGUGACAUCUUGUUCAUGCGUUGCCAGCUGAGCCGCCUACAGAAGGGCCAGAUGAUAGACGAGUGGUUCCCUCUGAGCUCCCACGUGCCUCUGAAGGGCAUCGAGCCGGGCUCUCUGAGGGUCCGAGCCCGCUACUCCAUGGAGAAGAUCAUGCCUGAGGAGGAGUACAGUGAUUUCAAAGAGCUGAUCCUGCUGAAGGAGUUCCAUGUGAUCUAUGCUCUGGCCCAUGUGUGUGGGCAGGACCGCACCCUGCUGGCCAGCAUUCUGCUGCGCAUCUUCAGACACGAGAAGACAGAGGCCCCCUUACUCAGGACACUCAACGACCGAGAGAUCAACAUGGAGGACGAGGCGACAACCCUGUUCCGAGCGACCACUCUGGCCAGCACGCUGAUGGAGCAGUACAUGAAGGCCACGGCCACACCCUUCGUCCACCACGCCCUCAAAGAUACAAUCCUCAAAAUCAUGGAGAGCAAGCAGUCCUGCGAGCUGAACCCCUCCAAACUGGAGAAGAACGAGGAUGUGCAUCUGAACCUGGCCCACCUCCUCCUCAUCCUGUCUGAACUGGUGGAGAAGAUCUUCAUGGCUGCUGAGAUCCUGCCCCCUGUAAAUAGGCUUUCGUCUGUCAUCGACGAUGACGUCCCCAUCGACGAUGGCUGUCAAUCAUUGUCGACACCCGAUGACAUCGUUCAUCGGCCCAACCCUAAUAAAACUCUACGAUAUAUCUAUGGGUGUCUACAGAAGUCAGUGCAGCAGAAAUGGCCCAACACCACUAUGAGAACCCGGGUGGUCAGUGGCUUUGUGUUCCUGAGACUGAUCUGUCCUGCUAUCCUCAACCCAAGAAUGUUCAACAUCAUCACUGACCCUCCCUCUGCAACAGCGGGACGUACCCUCACUCUGGUUGCCAAGUCUGUCCAGAACCUGGCUAACCUGGUGGAGUUUGGUGCUAAGGAGCCCUACAUGGAGGGAGUGAACCCCUUCAUCAAAAACAACAAACAUAGGAUGAUCAUGUUUCUGGAUGAGUUGGGUAAUGUCCCUGACCUCCCUGAAGCUACAGAGCACUUUAGGACAGACCUGUCCCGUGACCUUGCUGCCCUGCAUGAGAUCUGUGUCUCACACUCAGACGACCUCCGCACCCUGAGCAACGAGAGGGGAGCACAGCAGCACGUGCUGAAAAAGCUGCUGGCCAUUACUGAGCUCCUUCAGCAGAAACAAGAUCACUAUGCCAUGUCCAACAGCAACAGGACUGAGUGCACCAUCAUGGCAUUGGCUGCCACCAUCCAGGUAAUGUGAUUUUUACCAAUGGGACGAGGUCAGUCAGUCAACCAUGUACUGGCAUGGAGCGCUGGACCGAAAAGCUAGGUGGUUUUGUAUUGAGCAUGUAGCUUUCUGGACAUUAUGAUCCAUUAUGGCCGACUGAGUCCUGCAAUGGGAAAGUGACUGACUGGAUCUGGGAAUCUCUUGCCAGUCCCAAAGCCCUUGAACAGACACUGGUGAAAUAAUGAGUAACUCCUUACUUAAUGCUAACCUGAACUAUAUUCAAGCUUGAGGG